AUGGCGAGCGAAGCCACAGAAUCACAACCUUUCAAAAACUUGCAAGAACUGUAUAGCAAUGUGGGUAAUCUAAAACCGUGGCCACAAAUUAAAGAGCUGAGAGAUACGACAGACUAUGUGUACAGUGGUUCUGAAGUAAAUACACAAAAAAUGCAGUUGCAGAAAUUGGACAGAGAACGGCAACCUAGAACGUUACUUUGUCACGAUAUGAAAGGUGGUUACCUAGAAGACAGAUUUAUAAAUGGAUCUAGGUCUUACGAUUCUUAUCUAUUUUAUAAUUGGAGUGUUAUUGAUACGUUCGUGUACUUUAGUCAUCACUUUAUAACUAUACCGCCUUAUGGAUGGAUUAACGCAGCGCAUAAUCAUGGUGUUAAAGUUCUUGGUACUGUAAUUACCGAAAGAGAAGGUAUCUGGGAUAUCAUACUUGAAUCUCAGGAGGAAGUAAGAAGGUUUGCAGAUGCACUAAUACUUGUUGCGAAAUUUUAUAAGUUUGAUGGCUGGUUAUUAAAUGUUGAAAACGCGAUUAAAAGUGAGAAAAUUAAUAACUUAAUUUAUUUCGUAAAAUAUCUGACAGAAAAUAUUCAUGAAGCAAUUAGAAAUUCUGAAAUUAUAUGGUAUGACAGUAUAACCAUUGAAGGAACGUUAAAUUGGCAGAAUGAGCUUAAUAGCAAAAACAUAGAUUUCUUUUUAAAUUGUGAUGGUAUUUAUUUGAACUACAACUGGACGAAAUCAAAAUUAGAGAGCAGUUCUGCACUUGCAAAAAGUCACAACAGAGAUAUUCAUGAUAUUUUUAUAGGACUAGACGUUUGGGGAAGAGGUUGUCCUGGUGGUGGUGGAUUUAAUUCGACACACGCUUUACAAAAGAUACGAAACGAGGGACUUUCUGUUGCGAUUUUUGGUCCAGGCUGGACUCAUGAAUUUUUUGGAUCUAAAACAUUCCAAGAAUUAGAAGAUUUAUUUUGGGCACAAUUAUUUCCUUAUUUAUAUAUCCACAUACCUAUUUACGAAGAGGAAGUAUUCAAAACAUCAUUUUGCCAUGGAAGUGGUAGUUCAUAUUAUCUCUGCGGUCAGACGCAAUAUACUACAAACACAUUCGAAGCGAAAUCAUUUUACAAUCUAUCCUUACAAAAACCACAAAUUUCAGUACCUAUACCGCACUUGAAAUUUACAUAUUUCCCUCAACCUCCUGAACCGAAAAAUGAAAACGAUCGAAAUGAGUGUGCAAAAAAGCCGACACAAUACGUUUAUGAAACGAGGAAACAUAUUAUUCGAGUAUUAGAAAAUGUUGCAAGCAUUCAAGAUAAAAUUCCAAUACUAGAUGUGAAUAGCUUCGAAUUCUGUAACCAGUUUUCUUACGAAGGCGGUGGUUGUUUAAAAUUAAUUACAAAGGAACUCAAUUCAUACCACAGAUUAUUUCUCACUCACAUUGAAUUUCAACAAGACAUCGUAGCAAUUAUUGUCUACAAACAAAUAGAAUCAUUCAUAUCAAACGAAAGACGUACUGAACCGAUACUGGUUCUAGGUAAUAAUACCGGCUUAAGAUCCAUCAUCCAUUAUGAAUCAAGGAAUCUAACUUCAAACUGGAAGAAAUGUGUUUACCUAACGAACAUGAAGACCGUGAACGAAAUUGGUGUAUCCUUCGCGAGGAGUAAUGUCUGCUAUCUGGGGGAGAUCAUUCUCGAAGAAAAGCGGCGACACCUGAACGUAUAUCGCCAGGGGUCUCGACCGUGUAAAGAAUCGGUUCUCCGACGAUCGGGGGCCACGCUACGUGCACAUUUUCAUCUUUGAGAACCACUUUAGUGAAAGGAAUACCGACGUUCCACCGCAGAAUCGGCUAUCC